AUGUUUGAAGGUAGCGGUCUGGUUUCAAUUGACUAUCAGAUUCAGUGUAUACCGCUUGGAAGUCAAGCUGCAUUUCUGAUAGCUAGUGGUCAUUGUAGUUGCGGUCAGGAGACCCUAGUGAUUACAUUCCUUACUCUUGGUAUUGGUUUGUCCGGAAUACAGUACGCCGGUUUUGUGGUUAAUUAUCUCGAUAUUGCACCAACAUUCGCUGGACCUCUACUAGGUAUCGGCAAUACGAUAACAUGCAUCGCUGGGAUCAUAGGACCACUAAUGGUUGGCCAACUUACUCCCACGGGUUCGCAGCAAGAAUGGCAGUUAGUUUUUUGGAUUACUGGCGGGGUGUUAUUAGCCGGUACUACCAUAUUCUGUUUAUUUGCCAAAGGUGAAGUGCAGCCUUGGGCAUUGGGCGAUAUUGACAAAGACGAAAAUUGUGAGCUGGAAAAAAAGACGCUUAAUACUUCGGAAAGCUCACCUUAAUUAGUAAAAAUUCUUCUUAGAUAAGGGUGACAAAAACUAAAUUUGAAUAUUUUUUGUUGAUUUUGCAAAUGUGAUUUCGAUGGAGUGAGCAACUAAAGAAAUCUUUUAUUCCUCUGUCAUUACGAGCGCAAUAGCCGUUAAUUAUUGAUUGUUAUUUUUGUAAACAAACAUUUCCGAGAUGUAUACAAUGUUGUUAUUGUCACGUAAUUUAAUGAUUUUCAUCUCCUAAUUAACCUUUCCAUUUCGUUUUUUCCCUUUCCUAAUUUGUCAACGGCUUGGCUUCUCUUACUUGAAGAUUUGAUUUGUCAACCUAUGAUCAAUUCAAUUUAAAUCAGUUUUUAAUAGUGAUGGUUUUUGAAGACUUCAGUAACAUUUUCCGGAAUGAUGCUGUGCGAUUCGUCAAACCGGUUCUGUUCAUUUCUGAUCUGAUUCAUAAAAACAAGUUUUAAUUUCUGGGAAAAUGGCC